CAGUGACAGGCAGACGAACGCGUAUGUAAGUGCUCCGGUGUCUCGUAUGGCGAAUACCCGGAGGUUUCGUGUCGGCGUCGAUACGAGGAUCAUGAUCUCUUUACGAGACAAUCAAUAAUUCGAGCCUCGAGCCAGUUAAUUCAGUCGGAAGGAUGACUGCACUGCAUCAGUGCAUCAGCUUUCGACUUAUCAUGCGGUUGUUGUUGCUACUAUAGUAUUCUAUAGAAUGAAUUCUGAUAGUUGUGUCCCUUCUCCAUGCUGGAUACUCAAAAUGUUGAUGCACGAGAUAGUGAUGAGUUUUAUCAGGCAGUGGGCAGUUUAAAAGAAUCCAGAUAUGGCUGAGGGUGGAACAGAGCCAAAGUCUAUUGAUGGUCAGAUGCCGAGGGGUCAGUUAGAGAUAAAUGAAUGCCUUGGUAACUGGUUGACGUACUUACAGACACUUAAUGGCCUAUGUACAGCUGGUACUAAAUUGGCCCAAUCCCUGCAAGCACUUCUCUCUGUGCACGACACGGUAGCGCAAUGUCGUCUGACGAGUCAAUGCUUGGCUGGAUGGGAAGAGUUGACAAGAGCUACGCAUAUAGCCAGUAAUACUGUUAAGAAUCACGUACUUACUGCUAUGAGAGAUCAUGAGUCUCGUGACAAUGAUGGGGACAGGCAUGAUAUUCUUAGAGAAAAUCUUUUGACAUUCAUAAACUUGCAAUAUCAGUUCUGCGUUGCGUGUUGUGAGUGCUUAGGUAGUAUGGCAGAGUGCUCGUGCUCUCAGAGCGGCAGCGGUGAUUGCGAUAUCGCUGCGCUUCAGCAGUGCUUCGAACGUCUUUAUAGUUCGCCGGUGCCGCCGGUGUCCUGCUCGUCCACGCAACAAUCAGCGCAGAAUUGUCGGAGAUCCCCUUUGCCGUAUUCGUUGUUUCCUCUGCAGGUUCAGAGACGAUGGUCGGAAGCGGCGGCGGCGGAAAUGAUGGGCGAAUCCGCCGAGGGCACGAUGAGACGCUGGUCGAUGCCCUGGGAUUGCAAACACGUGAUAGAGUGGCCGCGUCAAGAUAUGAGGUCAAGGUUGAGGGUACCUCAGCAGGAUCGCAGCAGAUCGACUACGCCUGACUCGAUGUGGCAAACGUCGGCGAUGGCUAGUCAGGACGGUCUUCAGGAAGCUAUUCAGCUGUUAUCUUGCAAACCAGGAGUUCGGCCAUCCAAUCAACUCUCGGCUUACACUAGUCAGCAUGUUCCGGGCGUCAUUUUGACAAUCUGCAAUUUCGACUCGAAUUACGAUUCCGCUAUUUGGUCGGAAUCGCGUAGGAUAGGCUCGCCCAGAUGUUGGCCGCAGGAUUCUAGCGAUCAUUCCGAUCAAUCCGGGCAUCGCGAUAGCGAUCACAGUGUUCACAGCGGUGAGCACAGGGAUUCUGAACAGAGUGGUGCCAGCGGCAGUCACGGCGAUAGCAAGGACAGCAUUCAUUCGCAUUGCGAUCAUAGGGAAAUUGAAUCUGGUACAGCGGACACAUUGCCGUCUCGCAAGAGCAGCUCGUCAACCGACUCCUGCGUCUCGGCGCACAGCCGAUCGGGCUCGGAGAGCGCGGGUGGCGGGGAGUGUACGAGGUCGCAAUUGUACUCGAUGUGGAGCGGCGGCGAUCUGUCCUUCAUCAAAUUGCCAGAGAGCAAUGAAGUACAAGAUGAACAUCCACCCACUUAAACAAUGUUCUUCGUAUUUGAAAUGUGUCCGAAAUGAAAAUUCAACCUUUGGAUCACUGAACUCUAAAACAAUCUUUCUCGAUUUCUGAAUGAAUAUUGCAUAUCAGAAAAAUACAUAAUAUAAAACUUUUUAUUUUUAAUGUUGUUAUUCUAUCGGACAGAUCGAUUGGAUAGAAAAUUAUUAAAGGAAGACCAAGUCUGGGUAUGUUUGGCGAUUCGAAUGAUCCAAAGGUAUACCGUUGAACGGAAUUUAUUGAUCUGUCAGUUCAGCUAGUAAUUCGACCAAUUUUAUUCGUGAUGUAUACAUGUUUGAUAUUUGCGAGCGCGGUACAAGUUAGUAUGUGCAUAUUGAGUGUGCAACUAACGAUAGUAAAAUUAUAUAAAGAACGUUAUACAGGAUGUCACCUCGUAACAUUUAUGAUAUUAUUAUAAACCGAAACACCAUGCAGACCGCAACACCACCAUACAAACAUAUGUUGCAGAAGAACUAUACUUCAGAACGUCGCAUUUGAAAUAGUUCUGUCUGCUAUAAAUGUUACGGAGUGAGGCUCCGCUCUCGUGUUCAGAAAUGGACGCUGCACGUUGUUAAAACUCGUAUAUACAGAUGUAUGCGUGAUCCAGACUAUCGUUCCGUUCAUUCGUGAGAUUUUUCGGGAAGAUACUCUCUCCGAUCUCUCGAAUAUUCCUUGAUACCGAAGUGCGUGCAUGUGUGGUCGUUAUUUCUAUUGUACAUGGAUAACUUGAACUUCGAGAGUGUCUCCGCACACCUCGCUAAAUAUUAUUACUCAAUCGAUCCCGAAGCAUAUCACAUUCCGCUCGAGGAAAACAAGGCGUAUUUUACAUUGCCUGCUCUAAUCGCGAGUGCGUGUACACCACCGUUAUAGUAUGCAGUACCGCUCGUAAAUCCCUAAACACUUUUUACACAUGAACUUUAUUACAGGAAUAAAAGUUCAAUACAUUUGCAUGUUAGAUAUAAAUUUGAGUCGAAUAAAACGAAAUUAUUUGUUAAGAUAAUUGGGCACGCCUUACUCUAAAAUGAGAUAUUAGUUUUCAAAAUAAUAUAUAAUUCUAAUAUGAUUAGCAGAGAUUAGCAGGAUAAUUAAGAUGCUUUAAAAUUGUCACUGCGAGCGACAUUCAAUAUCCGGAAAUUUACCAGCGGUAUUGUAACUCAUAGUUUCCUUUCGGAAAAGUUUUGAGGUGUCUUGUAUGUGUAAAACGAUCUCAAUAUUCUCGAGAGCGAUUUGAUGUAUGUACAAUUUUAUUUAUGGCACGAACGCGAUAAUAAAGAUCCUCGACGCUGUACGA